AUGUCAGUCAUUACUUCAUCCCCCAGGCAGUCAGACCAAUGCCCACCAUGGCAGGAGAUUGAUCAGCUAAGCUUGGGGUCGCACUGCCUGGCACAGCUAGUCCAGUCCAAUCAAAUAAGCCAGGUUACCUAUAUCCUCCGAAAUAGUCAAAGUCCUACCCCAUCUGUCAGCCCAGAGGCCUAUCGCAACCAGCUGUAGGAGAAGAAAUUAUUUUCUUUCAAAAGCCAAAUAAUCUAAAGUUACCCUCAUCACCUGUGAUCCCACGGACUUCCGCCUGGGUCUCGACGAAAGCGAGUAUCAAGAUGUCCAGCAUCAUAUUACCCACGUUGUGCACGCCGCCUGGCCCAUGGACUUUCAUCCGCGUUUGUCAUCACUCAAUGAGCAGUUCCAGUUCCUCCGCCAUCUAUUGCACCUAGAGUCGUCCGGAGGUGUACGGCGGCAAUUUUUCUUCGUAUCUUCAAUUGCCGUGGUAGCGCAACGUGGCCUGACCCCAGCCCAUACCGGUGAGUUAAUCGCAGAGGCCUCCAUGACCACCCGGAGUCAGCUACCAGACUGGGAUAUGCCGACGGAAAGAUAGUUUGCAAGAAGUACUUGAGCGGGCGGCAGCGACAUAUCCAGACAAGCUGGAGAUCGCCAUCGUUCAAGGAGGACCUAUCAUAUGAUCUCGCGCCACGGGCAUUUGGACCGCCAAGGAGGUGGUUCCCAUGAUAUUACAAUCAUCAUUAAGCCUUGGAAAGCUGCCACAGCUGCGAGGGGUAAGUUACACUUGGAAUUCCUUAACCUCCGAAAAAUGCAACCACUGACAGGAGGUAUAAACAGACAUUAUCAUAAAGACCAGUUAACGAUGCGGCGGCCGUCUUUUACAAGAUUCUCAA